CUCUCACGACGUGUAUUUCGUAAAAGUUGGCCGUCAUCAGCCGUCAUUUUGUGAUAUUUGUAUAUUUUGUCGUUGAUUUUAUGUGAUUAAUCGAGAAAAAUGGCGAAAUUAGUUGAUAUUUAUAACAGCGAUAAAGAUCAUGUGAUUAAAAGGCGUCAACUACCUUUAACGAUUUAUGAUAAUCUAACUAUGGUUAUGGAUUUAAAUACUAUGGGAUUGAUCUGUGACAACCCGCAAGUAAAAGGCCGUGAAUAUGAAGAAUUUAUGCGUAAAUAUAGAAUUCUCACUACAGACGAGCUUAAAGCAGCACUGCGAGUCGAUGCAUCAGAUAUCUUCAAUGUUUUAAAUCAAAGCAUUCCCUGUGUUGGUUGUAGAAGAAGUGUGGAAAGACUGUUUUACCAGUUAUGUAAGUCCAGACAUCCAAGUUUAGAUCCAAUAAUCUUAACGCCUGAUGAAAUUAUGACAAUAAGGGAAGACAAAAUUACACACCCCCAGUCAUUAGCAACUUUACUAAACGGUCAUAGCACGGGAAUAGAAUGUCUAAUUCUAAGUCAGCCGAGGUGGAAGAAGUCACAAAGGUGCACGCUACACUCUCUUGAAGCUGGCAGUGCGAGGGGUUGGGGCGCUACGUCCACCACUUGUGCGUGGGGCUGGGGCGCCUGGGGGUGGGGCGGACGGGCCGCGUGGAGAGCUGCCUGGGACGCGAUGCGGACGUCCGCAAGGGAACACGUCACGCUUGUCCAUUUUAACACCCUGCAUGAUACGCUACACAACUAUCUAAGAAAACACCGAUUCUGCGCAGAUUGUAAAACUAAGGUUCUCAGGGCAUAUCAACUAUUGGUAGAAGAGAAGGAGCCACAAAAAGAGAAAGGUUACGUCGGAGCUCUGUACGGGGGGAUCAAGAGAUGUCUACUGGACAAGCAUUUACACCUUCAAGCGAAAACGGAUUACAUCGCGCAUCUUAUAGCGAGAGCAGAACCGGAACUGCUGGGGAACCAUCGCGAGCGACACGCAAAAACUUUGGAGAUCGCGCAAGAGGAGGUGCUGAUUUGUCUCGGCAUAUGCAUAUACGAGCGGCUGCAACGCAUUUCACUAAGAUUAAGGGAGGAAGAAGGAACAUGUCAGACCUUAGCUGCGGUGGGAGUUGAGGCGCUUUAUCGCAAGUUCGAAACAGCCGUGGAGAUGAAAAGUGGAGUCUCGAAACUACAAUUGUUGUACGAUGAGAUAACUCAAGAGGAAUUGACCAAGCAACAGCGGAAAGAGCAGAAGAAACUAAAACGGCGCAAGAAGAAGGAGAGGCAAGCUAUCGAAAAUAAGUGCAAAGAGGUAGAUUCAGAAGAGCCAGAAGAAAAAUGCGAAUGCGACGAAUGUUUACAAGAAGCGAGAGACACGCCAACUGAUCUAUUAUCACCGCAAACUUAUAAUUUAUGUUACGAAGCAAUGCAAACCAACGCAGACGGUUGUCACUCGUGCCAAGAUGAUUACACGGACGGUUCGCCAAAGAAAACGAACGAGAAGCACGCUAAGAAUGGGAACCUUUCACUGAAUGAAAACUCGCAUGAUUGUGGCUACUCAUCUGGUAACAACGGUGGAUGUUGUGAAACAAUGUCUGGAUCGUCCUCGCUUAUGAGUUCGCCCGAGGGUUCGGAAGUGGCCUGCUCUGAAGGGUUCUGCAAUCACGAGAGAGGCGACUGUCUAGAUAUAUCCAAGAGUGAUAAGUUUUCCUGUACCGGCUUCACACUUUCUUUACAAGAAAUGCUGGACACAUGUUCAUCUGACGAAGAACAGGACACCAGCUAUAUUCCAUUAGAAGAAGUAUUGGAAUUCAAAUCACGGAGGAACAUAACAGAAAAAAGGCAGGAAUUGAGGCAAAAUUUACGUCAGAAAUUUGCUCAGUUAUGUGUUAACACGCCGCAGAUGCAGAAAGGGUUUGAAAAACAAGACAAGCAAGCAGAUUAAUGCAAUAAAUACAGUGACAUUCAAACUGCACUAUUGAAUUACCUUUUAUCUUUCACAUCGGAAAUAAUUUUUAAUUUUGCAGCUACCCUAGAUUCUUGUAAUUGAAAAUUUUAUGGUAGUAAUUACAAUAGCUAUGGCUAAACAUGAAUAACAUUUAAGUAACAGCAAUAAUAGUACAUUUUUCCUAUCAUACAUAACUCCAUGUUGCAUUAAUAGGUUUAUAAAAACAUAAACCCCAAAUGUUCAUGUUCCUUAUGUAAGAUUCGAAAUUUUAUAAAAUGUUGAAUUUGAAUGUCCAUAAGUCAAAGGUGCUUGUAGAAUGACUUAAAUGCAGUCUUAUAUACAUAUAUCACUGAGAUGGUAGUGUAUAGGAAUAAGGGAAGUGCAUGUUUGAAUGAGUUCAACUGUUUUAUGAUAUUAUUCACAACUCGACUGGAUAGAACCCAGCAUUUAUCAAAUAUUUACUAUUUAAAAUAUUAGAGCUUUGUAAUGAAAUAUAGUAGCCUUUUUUGAUCAAAUUAUAUUAUUUUCAUUGCUUUACUCACAUGGUAAAGAAUGGAUUAAUUUCAGGUAUUUAAGAGAAGCUUAUAAUAUAGCAUGAUGUUGAGUCAUUGGCUGUUUUGCCUUUGUUAUGAAAUCAGGAAAAACAUUUGUAACUCAGUUUUAAAUAUAAUAUAAUUAAAUAAU